AUGUGCUCACUAACCAGCCAGUGGUUAUCGACAACGCAAGUCGUCUGUCUGAUUAUUAUUCUCCAACUCAAUAGCACUCAGGGCUCGGGUACGAUCAAGGCAGGGUUCGCCGGCCAGGACCAGCCAAAAUGUUUCUUUCCCUCUUUUGUGGGUCGACCUAAACACUUCCGAAUCAUGGCCGGCGCGUUAGAAGGGGAUCACUUCAUUGGAAAGAAGGCUGACGCAUACCGAGGGCUGCUGAAAAUUAAGUAUCCGAUGGAGCAUGGCAUUGUAACGGACUGGGACGACAUGGAGCGCAUAUGGUCCCAUAUCUACAGUGAAGAACUGGGUACCCUUAGCGAGGAGCAUCCUGUCCUCUUGACCGAAGCACCUCUCAAUCCUCGCAGUAACCGCGAACUUGCCGCUCAAAUCUUUUUUGACACUUUCAAUGUACCCGCACUCCACAUGUCUGUCCAAGCCGUAUUAUCAUUAUACUCUUCUGGAAGGACAACGGGCAUUGUUAUCGACUCUGGAGACGGUGUAACGCAUGCUGUCCCCGUGUUUGAAGGUUUCUCAAUGCCGCAUGCUAUCCGUCGCGUGGACCUUGCGGGAAGGUUGUUUUUCUACUUGGACUACGGAUCCAGCCAACUAACUUGGGAGCGGCACCACCUCUAUACGACUGCAGAACGCGAAGUUGUGCGGGCCAUCAAAGAAAAAUGUUGCUAUGUCGCUCUCAACCCGACAAAGGAAGAGAAAGAGGCUCAGGGACGAACUGAAGAAUUCCGACUGCCCGAUGGAAACGUGGUUCAGUUGGGCAACGAACGCUUCCGCGCCCCAGAAAUCCUGUUUAAUCCCGAAAUAAUAGGGCAGGAAUAUGCAGGAGUUCAUCAAGUUGUCGUUGACUCAAUAAAUCGCGUCGAUCUCGAUUUGAGGAAGGGCUUAUACUCGAAUAUCGUGUUGAGUGGCGGUAGCACGCUUUGUCGAGGGUUCGGUGAUCGUCUGCUGAAUGAGGUCAAGAAAACUGCACUCAAAGACGUCAAGAUCAGAAUAUAUGCUCCCCCAGAAAGAAAGUACUCGACUUGGAUCGGUGGGUCGAUUCUGGCCGGUCUAAAUACAUUCAAGAAGAUGUGGGUAUCGGCCGAGGAGUACCAGGAAGACCCAGAAAUCAUCCACAAGAAGGCUGGAUUCUGA